AUGGCGCAGCACCAUGGGUGGCAGCUCCCCCACGACACACUGCAGGUUGGCGGCGAAAUCUCUGGGUUGGGCUCUUGCUGGGCUGCUGACCCGGAGGUGCAGAAGCCGGCGUGGCUGUGGCGUCUGGCGGCGCAGGGAGAGAAGUGCGCGAGGGCGAGGCUGAGGGAGUCACUCGGGGAGCUCAAGCUCAACACCGUCUACGUCGAGGCCCAGUGCCCAAACAUCGGAGAGUGUUGGAAUGGAGGUGGCGGGGCCGGCGGAGAAGGGGAUGGCAUUGCGACCGCGACGAUCAUGCUCCUCGGCGACACCUGCACCCGGGGAUGUCGAUUCUGGAGCCUCCCCCACCGUAUGUCCUGGAGCCUCUGA